UUUACGUGGAUCACGUGCAAAAUUUGAGGGGAGAAAAUGAAGGAAAAUCAAACGGGUGAAAUGCAAAGAUCCAGCACGCAAUUGGUGACAUCCCAAUCAACUGAUAGUGUCAACAGAGAAGAUGCCGCGGGCAGCGUCACGUGGAAGUUCUGGCAAUCUCGUCGGUAUAUUGUGGUUCUUAUGGCAUUUUUUGGCUUCUUCAAUGUGUAUGGUUUGAGGGUGAAUCUCAGUGUGGCCAUUGUGGCUAUGACGGAGAAAUUCAACGUGACCCUGGAAAAUGGCACCGUGAUUGAGGAUCAACACUUUGAUUGGAAUUCAAAGCAGCAGGGACUUAUCCUCAGUUCCUUCUUUUACGGGUACAUCUGGACUCAGCUUCUGGGUGGAUGGCUUGGUUCUAAAAUUGGUGGACAUUAUGUGUUUGGAGCCGGUAUCGGUACAACUGCCUUCCUCACGCUCCUCACGCCACUUGCUGCAAAAGCCGACAUUGCCGUAAUGGUGGCCAUUCGGGUCAUUGAGGGUAUCUUCGAGGGGGUCACCUACCCGUGCAUCCAUGCAAUUUGGGCACGAUGGGCACCCGUUUAUGAGAGAUCACGCAUGUCCAGCAUUGCCUAUGCCGGAAGCUAUGCUGGCACAGUUGUGGCCAUGCCUCUAUCGGGUCUUCUUGCUCAAUACUGGGGAUGGGAGAGUGUCUUUUAUGUGUCAGGAGCAAUAGGGUGCAUUUGGUGCCUGGCGUGGCUGUUAAUUGUCAAAGCUAGUCCUAGGGAGGAUCCCUACAUUUCGGAGGAGGAGAAACGUUACAUUCAAAAUAGUAUUGGGGAUAUGUCUAAAGAGAAAAUCAGCCAUCCUUGGAAGGCUAUCGUGACAUCAACGGGAGUGUGGGCCAUUGUAGCGGCAAAUUUUGCAGAAACUUGGGGGGCCUACACCUAUCUUACUCAAUUACCAACGUUUCUUAGAGACACCCUGAAUUUUGAUUUAGGUUCUACGGGAUUCUUAGCAGCUAUGCCUUAUGUCAUGAUGAUCUGCUUGAUGGCUUUCUCAGGCUACGCUGCAGAUCGGCUGCAGGAAAAGAAACUAAUGAGCACUCGACAAGUUAGAAGGACCUUCAUUUGCCUUGGAUUUGUCAUUCAAAUUGCAUUUUUAAUGCUAACAGCUCAUCUUAAUAAUCCUAAAAUAGCCGUUGCCUGCAUUAUCUUAGCAGUAGGUCUCAGUGCCUUCACCAUGUCUGGUUUUCUAGCCAAUCCUCUGGAUUUGGCACCAAAUCAUGCUUCAGUUAUUCUAGGUUUUUCCAACACAAUGGGCACAAUUCCGGGAAUUGUGAGCCCCAUGCUAACUGGUUACAUUGUCACGGAUAAGACGAAAGAACAAUGGCGGAUUGUUUUCUAUAUCACAAGCGCUGUCUUUGCCACAGGAUGCAUCCUGUACUGGAUCAUGGCAAAAGGGGAACUCCAACCGUGGGCACAGCAGACGCACAAAUUGCCCCAAAUCGAGAGUCAACCCACAAAGGAGGAGGAUUCAAAUGAUGUUGCAACGAAGAAUGGAAGUGUUGAUGUGAAACGUGACUGAUGUUGAAAUGAAAGGCCAGUGAGACUGAUAUUGGUGUUUGUCCAUUAAGGAGUUUUAAAUUUUAGGAUUUGUACAGAGAAUUUUCACGUAAGUUUUAUGAGGAAAAAAGCAUUGAUUUAUUUUUUAAAUCUCCGGAUUGGGUUUUUAAGUUUUAAUAUUUUCUCUUUUGAGAAAAAAAAAUUUCAUUUUUAAUUGAAGAAAAUAAUUAGUUGAUAUACUAUUAAGAAGGCAAUAUCAAGUUUAGUUCCUUAUUUAAUUGAAUCGUACUGUUUGAAAACAUGUUGAAUUUUAUUCUAUCUACAGAAAUUUCGUAUUUUGUCAAUGAGACAGUUAAUUUUAGUAAAUUAUAGCUUUUAAUUUAAACGGAAGUUUAAGAUUUUUUUAUUAAACAGUGUAAUGAAGUAAUGUUCUUUUCUUACAGUACCAUUCAAUUUAAAAAAAAAAUGGAAAGGUUGUGCAUAGUUUUAGAAACUAAAACAAGAGAUCAAAACUUCAAAAAAUGGAUUUUAAGAAUUUAAGAAAAAAACCUAAAAAAAAUCAAUAUGCCUAAAAAUCAAAAUUUUAAUCCUAAAUCACUCUAUUUAUAAUAAAACUAUGCACUGAGUUUUUAGCCUGUUUAAUAAAAUGUGAUUGAGUCUUGGAUUUUAUUGAUUGAUGAAAGAUUUUCCAUUAAUUAAUUCUCAUCCGGUUUUUCAUCCCUACCUGGUGGAAAUUUGGUGCAAAGUUAAUUUGGAUUGAUAUGAUAUUUCAUAUACAAAAUUUUAAUGAUUUAUUGAGAUUUAUUUGAAAAUAAAUUUUAAUUCCAUUAAGAAGAAAAA